AUGGGGAUCACCAACUUAUUUGAUUUUGGUGCCGAAAGAAAUCCUUGGACUGAUCUGGUUGAUCCAGAAAAACAGCCAGUUGCAAGGACAAUCGUUACCAAAUAUGAUGGUAAAAUACAAUCAUACUUCAUUCCAGCUCCUGAGACACAUCAGUCUCAGCAAAAGGUGCAUCUUGUGAUCAAAGAGGACGAUAUUGACUUUACGGUCGAGUCACCAGAGCGGACCUUCCAAUUCAAAAAACUAGAGGAUGGUUCGUUGGCUGAACAACGGGACAAUAACCUCGUUGUUCGUAUGCCGCUUCGCGGCAAUCCAACAGUUCUAGAGAGCACCGUCUCGGAUUCUCCUCUUUGCAAACGGGGCUACGAAGAUCAGAUGGCUGUCAGGCAGACAAGCCUGGAACUCACAACGAAUUACAAUAGUCACGCCGCGUUUCUGGGUGAUAUCACUGGCCGUCGUGUUGGAAACUUGUCCAACUUCCAAAAUUUGGACCCCAUCUUUGAGUGGCUGUCCGAGUGCCUUACGAGACAUCCUCGGUGUGUAAGGAGGAGUACCCAGCAAGACCGAGACUUCACCCCUGCAAGACUAGUAGACGUGGGGUUCUCUGAUGUCCAUUUACCAAGAUUGGUCGAGUGGCCAGCCGCAAAUGAUUUGGCCGAACCGCCACCAUAUCUUGCACUGAGCUAUCAAUGGGGUGGUGCAGUCUCAGUGACCACAAAGUUGUCAAAUUUGGAAACCUUUCGACGAUCAAUUGAGUCGGAUAAACUCUGCCACGUAUUCCAAGAUGCUAUCAACCUGACACGCAAGAUUGGAUAUCGAUAUAUCUGGAUAGAUGCACUAUGCAUAGUGCAGGAUUGGCCCGAUGAUCUCUCUAACGAGUUGAGACGAAUGGGUCACAUAUACAGCAACGCUGUCCUGACACUGGCUGCAUCUGUAUCCGAAUCUGGUGAAACUCGGAUACUGGAAAAUCGCAAGCCUAUCAACGAAGUUUUACUUCCCUACAGUAAUUGUGAUAUGUCACCACGGUGCGAAGUUUUUGUUACCGACCGACGGCUUACCGAUUUCGGCCAAGAUGUGACCAACGGCAAUCUCAGCCAGCGAGCAUGGUGUCUCCAGGAACGGGCAAUGUCACGCCGAAUACUACACAUGGGCAGAGAUCAACUGUUUUGGGAAUGCUACACGGGGAUCUGGGGAGAAAGUUCUUCAAUGCGUCUUGGUGCAAAGAACAAAUCGCUCGACGAGGUCUCAAAAUUUCGUGGUGUCUUUCAGUCCAUGAACACCGCCACCGGAAAGAUAGCACUGGAACGCAAGACAACUGUACAGAAUGGUCCAGUGGGACUUCCUGGUAUGCAGGACCGUUCUUUCAUGCACCAGAUCCGUGAAAGGAAGCCUUAUGGCCCUUGGUACAGUCUCGUGGAGCAGUAUUCCAAGCGAGCGAUGAAAUACGAAAGCGACAAAUUACCCGCAAUCAUGGGUCUGGCUCGCAAAUUUGCUGAGAGCUUGAGUAGUAAGCCUCUUAGUGAGAAGGAGUGGGAUGCCCUUUACAGCACCGGCCUAUGGGAUAAGGACCUCUCAUCUGGUGGACUUCUAUGGACACCUGGAAACUUCCAGCAAUGGACGGUACAGCAUGUUAAUUCAGCGCAGACUUAUCGAGCGCCGAGCUGGAGCUGGGCAAGUGUGGAUGGACCAAUAUCCUGGCCAGAAGGCUUCGUCAGCUCAUACAAAAUUCAUGUGAGCGUCGGCAGCCAGAGCACAGGCUCCCCGUCGAAUUGUCUCAACCCUCGAUGGACACUGGGUAUAUUAGGCCAUGUGCUACCUCUUAAACAAGCCGAGGGCUUCCGCAAGUCUGAUCAAGAAUCUAUGUUCCUCGAUCGUCAGCGAUACACACAACUGGGACCUUUCUGUAUGCCUCACGCCAUAUUCGACACCAAGGCUGAUGAGCAAGCAUGGGCUGAAGCUUUAUGGAGCAGUGAAGAACCAUCCUCAGCCACGAGCCGUGGUGACUAUGUUGCACUUUACGUGGCCCAGAUCGGCUGUGGUAAAGCAGAUUGUCAACACUAUGCUAAUUGUGAGCCUAACCUUGGCUAUGCUCUACUUUUGAAGCCAACAAUGGGUGUCAACCAUAAACGAGUUGGCAUUGCUCAGGUCAAGUCCGAGCAGUUCUUCCUGGAGGCCAAAGAAGAAUACAUAGAGGUAAUCUAG